AUGUGGGAUGUGACCUUUCAAAGAGUGACCAAUGAGCAAGAGAUCUAUGAAGCACAGCUCCGUGACCUUCUGCAGCUGAAGCAAGAAAACUCUUACUUGACAACCAUUGCACGACAAAUUGGACCCUACAUCUUAUCCAUAUCCAAAGUAAAAGAGCGUCUGGAACCCAGAUUUCAAAAGCCUGAGAAUGACUGCAUGGACACUGUAGUGGAGAUAUGUGAGGACAGUAAAAUGACUACUGAACAAAUCAGCUGAAAUGAGAAGAGUUGCUUGGCAGGCUAUGAUCGAGACUCUGACACAGACAACUCUCUUAUUCUGCCGCCUCGUGAGAUGCUACUAAAGAGCAGUGACUUCUGCUGGCAAAGAAAGCAGAUAAAUGUUUGAAAGGCCUCUUGCGGCCAAGAGCUGCCUUUAUAGAGCUUGUCUGGAUGAUAGUGAACACUGACCGCAAACGUGGCAUGAGCUUUCAAGCAUGUGCUGGAUGUCAACACAUGAACAUUGGAUAAUUAAGAAGGACAUGAAUGGAAUAUUAAUAGCAUUUUAAGCAUGUCAAAUCAAAUAGAACUUAGAUAUAAACCAACUGGAUAGGAUGGCACAUAAAAGACUGGUGAAUUGUGAUUUUUAUUUAUUUUUUAUUUUUUGGGGUACUGUGCAUGUAGCAGAGUUGUUAUCGUUUACUAAAUAGUAAACUAUAAUCAAAACUUAUUCAUUGUUUUCAGUAUUUCAAAUAAAGAUGAAAUAGAAUAUAAAUAUUAGAUGUAAAAUGUAAGGGGAAAAAAAAUUAAACAAACUUAAAACGUACAAGAAGAUUUGUAAUAUAU